AUGUCGUGCACGGCGGACUGGGUCCGCCGCUCGACGCGCCGUCAGGCAGAGCCGGCGAGGCUCGCCGAGGAGGACUGGGAUCCGGGUCGGCAGGCGGAGAUGUCGCUCUUCCUCGUCGGCAGCAACGACUGGCACAGCCUCGAGGGGCGGGCCGGCGCGAGGAUCGAUCUGGUCAACCUGCUCGACGACGAGUCCCUCCCGCCCGUCGCGCCUCCCGCCGCGCCGUCCACGGCUCGCCGCUGGCUCCUCCCCGCGACGGACCGGGUGGCGCUGCGCCUCGCCCGACAGCGCCGCGCGCUCGAGGCCGCCGGCUGGACGCUGCUCAGCAGCAGCCCCGCGCUGGUGGAGAGCCUGAACAACAAGGCGCUGCUGCAGAAGCACGCGGCGGAGCUGCGGCUCGGCCACCUGCUCCCGCGCCACUACUUCGCCGCCGCCGCCGCGUCCUACCCGAGCGUCUUCAAGCCGGCCUGCGGAGAGCACGGUGAGGGCGUCGCAAUCGUGCGGUCCGAGAGGGAGGCGGAGGCGCUGAUUGCGGAGGGCGGCGGGCGAGGCGGCUGGGUGCUGCAGGAGCUGGUGCGCGGCCGGCGGGAGGUCAGCCUCUCCCUGCUGCUGCGGGAGGGCGAGGUCGUGACGGGCGUGCGGACAGUGUAUGUGUACGAGGAGGCGGAGUACGUGUGGCCCCGGGUGGUCGUGCUGGCUAAGCUGCUCGCCGGCUACACGGGCGUGUGCAACCUCAACUACAAGCGGCGGCCCGACGGCUCUCCCGUCGUCUUCGAGGUCAACGCGAGGAUCGGCGCCGACCUGGCGUGCGACGUGCCUCCUCCGCUGCUGCGCGCAUCCUCCUGGCUGCUGAUCCGCCCCCGGCGCGCCUUCUUGCUCGCCGUCGACCAGGGCGUCGCGCUUGCGAGGGCGGGGGGGGCGGCCGGGCGCAUGGACGGCGCUGCUGCCCCGCUGGAGAGCGACGACGACAGCGACGACGACCUGCCGCUGGUGCGCCGAAGGGCGCCGGAGAAGCGUGCGGCCGAGGCGGGUCUGGCUCACGGGCCGGGCUGGCGCCGAGACGCGGGAAGGAAGGAGGAAGGGCGGACGGCGGACACGGCGGCGGAGGAGCCGGCGGAGGGGGGCUACUGGCGCGAGGGGGACCGCACCAGCGACGACGACGGAGAGGACGAUCUGCAGGAUGAUCUGCCGCUCGCGAAGCGGCGCAGGCCGCCGGCGCCUCCCGCAGCUCGCGCUGCGGAGGAGUGCACCGAGACGCAGCAGCCACUUCAGGCGGUCGUGACACAGGACGGAGGCUGGCACCGGGAGAAGGAGAGGCGGAGGGCGGCAGAGGCGGCGGCAGCGAGGGAGGCGGCGGCAGCGAGGGAGGCGGCGGCGGCGGCAAGGGAGGCGGCGGCAGCAAGGGAGGCGGCGGCAGCGAGGGAGGCGGCGACAGCGAGGGAGGCGGCGGCAGCAAGGGAGGCGGCAGCGGCGAGGGAGGCGGCGGCGGCGAGGGAGGCGGCGGCGGCGAGGGAGGCGGCGGCGGCAAGGGAGGCGGCGGCAGCAAGGGAGGCGGCGGCAGCGAGGGAGGCGGCAGCAGCAAGGGAGGCGGCAGCAGCGAGGGAGGUGACGUUAGCGGCGGCGGAGGCGCAAGCGGCAGAGGCGCGCGAGGCCGGGUCAGAGGUGGGCAGUGCGAUGCGCGCGGGUGUGGCCGGGAUGGAGGUGGAUGCAACAGGCUCUGCCGAGAGGCGGGACGACUUUGCCCUGCUUGUGCUCCCUCCAAAGAAGGCCUUCUCGCGGCGGGCGGCGCUGGCCAGGCUCAGUGCUGGUGGCGAGACGUGA